ACGAAACAAAUACAAGUCCCAAACAAAGAGAGAACGAAACGCAAACGCAAAACUCCACAAACGGAAAGCCAUGGAGAUCUCUUCAUCGGCGAGCCAUGGCCUUUGCCUCUCCCGAUCCCUCCUCUCCCGCCCUUCCCACGCCGCCGCCACCACCACGCUCUCCAUCCUCACCGCCUCCUCCACCGUCCGAUCUAAUCCCUACCGCUCUGCCUCCACCCCUCGGUCCCUAACACGCCGUAAGCGCCUGCGCUCUAGGCGGGGGUCUAUGGAUGGAGGCGAUGAGGAGCAGGGGUUAUCCGGCGAUGAUGGCCCUUUUGGUGGUGGCUGUAAUGGCGGUGGGAGUGGUUGGGGCUUUGGAGGUGGAUCUGGACGGCCGGAUUGGGAGGAUGAGUCGGGGUCUUCGUCGUGGUCGUCUUCAUCUUCCGAUCCGGCGUUUGAUUUUCUCUAUGAGGUGGUAUGUUGGAUUGCCCUCUCUAAUUGCGCUCAUUUUGCUUUUAGAAAAGUUGGUAGAUUUCUCAAAGAGAAGGCGGUGCCCUUGAUGUGCUGAUUUAGGGAUUUGAUGCUCGCUUUCCCCUCCUUCUUUAGCUGUAUAAAUGUGAUAUAUAAAUCUGUAUAUAAUGUCAUUACUUCUCAGUUUCGCUGAUGAUCUGAUGCUUAAUAUAAUUCAAUAUUUCAGAUAUUUGUUCUUAAUUUCA